CUCCCAAUCCCCGCUGCUAUACCCUCUCCAUGGCUUCCUCUUCCAGCUCGUCAUCCUCGAGCUCGUCUUCGUCGUCUGACACAGAGGACGAGCGCAACCUUUCUGUCGGGGACUCCGCCGUUGAACAAGAGGAUCAGACAUCGAGCGGCGACGACGAGCCCGCCACGCUCUCUGAAGACGGUCCAGUUCUAUCUCAUGCUGAACAACGAAGGCAGAAGAAGAAACAAUCCAAGAAUCCGGAAACACAGGAUCCAGAAUCUGACCAGCAGAAGCCGAUCCAGAACAGUGCCGAGCUCGCGCCCUCCAAGCUUCCAAAGCGCCAGAACUCUGUGUGGGUCGGGAACCUGUCCUUCAAGACGACUCCGGAGGCUCUCCGCCGUCUCUUCGCCGACGUGGGCGAGAUCACCCGCAUACAUAUGCCCAUGAAGCUAGCUAGCGGCGGGCCUGGGGGCGGAGGCACUAGGAAGGAGAACCGUGGCUUUGCUUACGUGGACUUUGCCACAGAAGAUUCCAAGACAGCUGCCAUCGCCCUAUCAGAAAACCCUUUAGACGGGAGGCGGCUUCUCAUCAAAGAUGGCGAUGACUUCAACGGACGGCCGACGCCUUUCAGCUCGGCAGAUGCAGGCGCUGAGCCAGGCUCGAACGCCAACCUGACCGGACACACCAAGACCGCACAGAAAAUCCUCCGCGCACAGAAACAACCCGCAGGGCCCACGCUCUUCCUCGGAAACCUCGGUUUCGAGGCCACACAAGAGUCCAUCCGCGCGCUGUUCGACUCGCACCGGCGGGCGGGCGGGCCUGCCACCGGCGAGGACGCCGGCGCCGAAGCAGCAGAUCCCUGGAUACGGAAGGUGCGGCUCGGCACGUUCGAGGACAGCGGCAAGUGCAAAGGAUGGGCUUUUGUGGACUUUACGAGCACCGAGCAUGCAACGUCCGCAUUGACCAACCCGAAGAACCACCUAUUGGACGGUCGGAAGCUCGUGGUCGAGUACGCUUCUCCAGACGCCGUCCGCCGGGGCGGUGGCCUUGCCUACGCGAAGGACAACAAAUACAAAGGCCCGAAGACAAGCUCGGAAGACAUGCGACCGAGGAAAACACCUGUCGACCGUGUAGAUAGGCCCACCAAACGCAGCGCGGGAACCCAAGACACAAUUGCCGAUGAGAAGAUAGAAGGUACGCCGCCAAAGCGGCGACGUAUAUGGAACGACGAAGACACCAAUGGGAAGGGAUACAAGGGCGGGAAUUCAAUGCGGGCGAGAGCGAAGCCUGGGGCUGCUCUAGCCCACGCGAAACGCGCUCCGGUAGCGAUCGUUCCCAGUCAAGGACAGAAGAUUAUCUUCUAG